CGAGUAUGUUUCUCAAAAGGUACUAUUACUGUUGUUAAAAUGAAGGUGGUAGCUAACAGAAUCGUUAGCACGCCGAACUAAAAUACUUGGCAGCAUUUCGUCUGUCUGCAUGGUCUGAGUUCGAAUUCAGCCGAUGGCGACUGCGCCUUUUAUCGGUCGAGGUCGCUGAAAUAAGUUCUAGUUGAGCGUGUCUAUUGUAGAAAAUUUUACUUUUUUUAUUUAAUGUUUGUAGUAGAGUAAGUAGUAAUUAGAAACUCUCAACGAUAUUAGUGGGCAGCAGGAGAAAGAAUUUCCGUUGAGCAGCUUUCAGCCCAUUAUUUGUUGGGGUCUGCACACACAGACCGAAACACAUAAACGUGUCCUCCUUUAACGAAUUUCACCGAAUUUUUCUUAUGGUUCUUUUUCAUUCGCGCGUGCGCGUCUAACAUAGUUUUCCGAGUUAAAUCGCAUGUCUUAGAACCAAUUACCGACGUAAAUUGAGGUAUGCCUGAACAUAAAUGAAGAACGAAGGACAAAAAAAGUGAUAAAUUCCGAUUUGUCCGUGCGUUUCGUUUCGUUUUCAAUGUCAAGUUUUACAUUCCAUUGUCUUAUUUCUGGUCCAGUUGAAUCCGCGCCAUUUAACUGAGACUUUUUUUUUUCCGCCAAAGAAAUCAGUUUGAAGAGAUCGCAAAGAGAAAUCAUAAGAAUAAUAAGCGUAUGCAGAGAAACAGAUUGGCUGAUGGCCCAAAGAAUCAUUUACAUCAGAAAAAUCAUCUACAGAGGUUAUGCAAAAUAUUGAAAUAGAAAUAACCUUGUGUGUAUAAAUCCAUGGGAGAAUUUAUGUGAAAAGUUGCUUCUGAACUAAGAUAAGAAAAGCAAAAAAUCUUUACUUUCACUGUAGAAAAUAAUUACAAGAUGAGUUUGCAUACUGCUCUUAACUAAAAACAUUUGGAUAAUUUGACAAAGGCUCUUACAUCUUCUACAGAUAUCAAUGGCAAUCCGUGUUGAUGAUAAAAUAUAGCAGUAGAAAUAUAUAUAUAUAUAUAAAGAAUUAAUUAUAUAAACAGAUACAAGAAGGAAGAUAUUUGUAUCAUGAGUUUGUGAGAAAGGACUGAGUUCAGCUGAGAAGAUGUCGGAUGAGGCUGGAGAAUCAUCAUACCCGUGUGAUAUCUGUAAAAAGUCAUUCUCUCAAAAAGGUAACCUUGUUAAGCACAAACGUAUCCAUACAGGAGAGAAGCCAUAUCACUGUGAUAUCUGCGGUAAGUCCUUCUCUGGAAGCAGUGACUUAACUAAGCACAGGCAUAUCCAUACAGGAGAGAAGCCUUACCAGUGUGAUGUCUGUGGUAAAUCGUACACUCAGAAAGGUAACCUAAGUACGCACAAACGAGUUCAUACAGGUGAGAGACCGUACGACUGUGAUGUCUGUGGUAAAUCAUUCUCUCUGAAUCACCACUUGAUUGAACACAAACGCAUUCAUACCGGAGAGAGACCGUAUCAUUGCAGUAACUGUGGCAAGUCGUUCACCCAGAGUGGGAAAUUAACUACACACAAAUGCUUCCGUGCGGGAGAGAAGCCAUAUCAUUGUGAUAUGUGUGGCAAGUCGUUUGCUCGUAUAAGUACCUUAAGUAAACACAGGUGUGCACAUACAGAAGAGAAGCCAUAUCACUGUGAUAUCUGUGGUAAAUCGUUCUCUCGAAAUGAUAAAGUAACUUUGCAUAAACGUGUUCAUACAGGAGAGAAGCCAUAUCACUGUGGAGUCUGUGGCAAGUCAUUCUCUGGAAGUAGUAACCUGACUAAACAUAAGCGUUUUCAUACAGGAGAGAAGCCGUAUAGCUGUGAUAUCUGCGAUAAAGUGUUCUCUCAAAGUAGUGACUUAAGUACUCAUAAACGUAUUCACACAGGAGAGAAACCAUAUCACUGUAAUAUCUGUGACAAAUCAUUCUCUGGAAGCAGUAACUUGAGUAGGCACAUACGCAUUCAUACGGGAGAGAAGCCGUAUGAUUGCGAUAUCUGUGGUAAAUUAUUCUCUCGAAACGGAGACUUAACUAAACACAAACGUAUACAUAGAGGAGAAAAACCAUACAGCUGUGAUAUUUGUGGUAAAUCAUUUUCUUGUAGCAGUGACUUAACCAAACACAAACGAAUCCACACAGGCGAAAAACCAUAUAACUGUGAUAUCUGCGACAAAUCUUUCUCUGGAAGUAGUAAUUUGAAUAAACACAGACGUAUUCAUACAGGAGAGAAACCACAUCACUGUGACAUCUGUGGUAAAUCCUUCUCUGGAAGCAGUAACUUAACUAUACACCAACGUAUUCAUACAGGAGAAAAACCAUAUCACUGUGAUAUCUGUGACAAAUCCUUUUCAAAAAGUAGUAACUUAAUUGCACAUGUAGCUAUUCAUACAGAAGAGUGCAGCAAUAUCCAAAGAAGGUUAAAAGGAAAACUAGCUUUUGCAUAUGGAAAAUACACAGUAGAAAACAUCAAAGACGAGAUUCCGUAUUGUAAUCACACACGUUCCCCAACUUUUGAUACUUUCUGGAGAAUUACUAUGGAAAGUGUUAAUUGCUUGGACACUUCUUACACAAAUGAUUUUAACGAUUCUGAUAGAGUUACAAAGGCAGACACUGAUGAAGAACUGUUACACGUUGAGACAUUAACUAAACAAAGAUCAUUAGAGGGAAAUGUUACCAAACAUCGCUGUGAGAUUUGUAAGAAGAUAUUCCCUUCGGAACACGAGUGCUUCGUACACAAAGAAACACACAACAAGGAAACUCCUUUCCAGUGUAAAAUAUGUGGAAAGUAUUUUGUUUCUAACUGUAAUUUAAUAAAUCACAGGAGAAGGCACUCUGGACAAAAGCCAUUCUUUUGUAGAAUAUGCGGCAAGUCCUUCGUCUCCAGCAGCGAUUUAACCAAACACAAACGAAUUCACACCGGAGAAAAGCCUUAUAAUUGUAAAAUAUGUGGUAAAUCUUUCAUUCAGAGCUCACAUCUUGCAGUUCACAAACGAAUUCAUACGGGACAGAGACAGUUCUCUUGUGAAAUGUGCGGGAAAUCUUUCGUUAGUAACAGCAAUUUGUACAGGCACAAAAUGACGCACGUUACGGAAACCCCGUUUCGCUGUGAAAUGUGCGGUAAAUCAUUCUCUGACAAUUCUACUCUUGUUAUUCACAAACGUAGCCACACCGGGGAGAAACCGUUCCCUUGUGAAACGUGCGGGAAAUCUUUUAUUACUAACGGUCAUUUGACGAGUCACAGAAGGGUCCACACGGGAGAGAAACCGUUCCGCUGUGAAACGUGUGGGAAAUCUUUCACCACGAACAAUAACUUAAAAACGCAUAAAAUAAUCCACUCUGGAGAAAAAUCGUUUCAUUGUGACAUAUGCGGCAAGUCUUUUAUUAAUAAUUCGAAUCUCAUUAUCCACAAACGGAGUCAUACUGGAGAGAAACCCUAUCGUUGUGACGUGUGUCAUAAAGCAUUUGUCUCCAAUAGUGUUUUAAACAAACACAAACUAUUACACAGCGGACAAAAACCGUUUCACUGCAAAAUAUGCGGAAAAUCAUUCUGUGAUAUUUAUAGUCUUGGAUCUCAUCAACGAGUCCACACUGGGGAAAAACCGUAUCAGUGUGAUAUUUGUGGUAAAUCUUUCUCUGAUGGUUCUAACCUCGUUGUUCAUAGAAGACUACAUACUGGAGAAAAACCGUUCUUUUGUGAGACUUGCGGCAAAUCGUUCACCGAUAAUUCAAAUCUUGUCACCCACAUACGUAGUCACACUGGCGAAAAGCCCUUCAACUGUGAGACCUGUGGCAGGUCUUUUGUUUCAAACGGUGACUUAACAAAGCAUGUACGGACACACACGGGAGAAAAACCGUUCCAUUGUAGAAUCUGCGGGAAAUCUUUCGUACGGAAUUCUGGUCUUGUUAUCCACAAUCGUAGACACACUGGGGAAAAGCCCUUCCAUUGUGAAUUAUGUGAGAAGUCAUUUGUCCACAACAGUUACUUAAACAGACACAAACAAAUACAUACUUGAAAGAAAUCUUUCAACAGUGAAACAUGAGAAUCACUUUUCUUGAAAAUCUUACGUUGUCCACCAACAAGUACACAUUAGGCCACGUCUAUCAUUGUGAAAUAUAUCAGAAACCACCACUCUUGAAUUUUUUUUUCAUCUUGAUGUUUAAGUAGAGUAAAGUUUCUUCCUGAGCCAUAGACUCUUGGGCCAAUUUCCUGGUUGCUAUGGUGGUGAUAUGAUGUGCUUGAGAAGACCCGUCAAUCGUCGUCGUGGCCAGUGAUGGUGUCGUGUUACUGGCAUGUAAAAAGCCCCUUUCAAGCGUUGGGCCACACGGAGACAAAGCAGCCAAUGCCCGUGGCACGUGAAAAGCUCCUUUUGAGUGUUGGGUCUCACAGAGACAAUGACGAAUGACUAAGACUUUGGCUUUAUGUCGUGCUUGAGAAAACCCAUCAAGUCAAGUAAAAUCACAGUCGUUACAGAUACUGGUGUUGUGCAAAUAACACCUGUGCUGGUGGUACAUAAUAGCACCCAUUACACUC